ACUCAGUGGAAGUGUAAGCUGUUGGAAAACCGCGGUGGGAGGCAAUGGCUCUGAGGCUGGAAGCAGUGCUGUGCUAGGUACGAAGGGCUCUCAGUGCAUGGUCUCGAAAAAAGAGGAUUCGCGAUUGGGCAGCCGGGCAGCCCUCUGGCCUUAACUACUGUCGUGGGGAUCGAUGGAGGGACCCGGCAAUAGCUCUGUUGCACCGUGAUUUUUCUACAAGAUGCAUGUCUUGUACUAGGCUUUGCCUUUUAUAAUCAGCUGACACGGUGCACGUAGCAGCAGUAGUCACACAACGUUUGGCAGAAACAUUUCCUAGUUUAGUAUCAGCUUUUGUCUAUCUGGGUGCCUUACCCUCUGUUUACAGCGCCUUCUGCAAUAUGGUCCGUCUUUCUAUACUGCUGACAGCACUGUGCUCUGCGGGGCUUUCGAACACAAAGCAGGAACUCAGACAAAUAAGCAAGAAGCAGUACACUGAAAAAAUAUCUGUGCAGAAACUUAGCCUUUAAAAUGAGCGAGAAGCUUAGGGAUAAUAGUUUCCACUAUUUUGAUAGUUUCUUGUUCAGUACCAGGUGGAAGUCUCUAAUUUAUCAUUGUUAUGACAACAGGGAAACAAAAUGUGAUUGCUUUUUUUCCCCUAGAAUAAACAAAUUGGUAAACUAGACCUCCCCAAGGUUUUAGCUUCAUAGAAUGUAAUGAAUACCAUUUGAGAGAAAGAAGCAUUUUCUCAGUCUGACGUACAUCAAAAUUUAAAGCAAAGAAUGGCAGAAGGAGAAGGUUAGCUCAUUAGUUUAUGCAGUCAUGAGUAAAGCUGGAAAUAUUUAGAGAUAAUUUGCCUCUGCUGAGGAGGGAGAUAAGAAUAGCUUUGAAACCAGUCUUUUAAAAGUUUCAUUCCAAAAAUAAAAUACAAUGCGUGAAUGGAGAUUUCUAGUGAGUGAGGAAUCACAGGGAAGAAACUUAGAUAAUGAGAACUGAUUUAGCAAAGAGGACCAAAUAAGUCUUCUUUUAGAAAGUGGAAUUUUAAAGAGACAGAAGGAAACUGAAGAAAACUGACAGUGCUCAGGAUAGUUGCAGAAGAGUGGUGUCAGAAUGGACUGACCUGCAGAGCAUGCAGGUCUUGCAAGAACCUAAAAAAAAUUAGUGCCAUAAAUAGCAAGAAACUGUGUUUUGUGUGUGGGGAGAGAAAACACGACACUGUUUUUGAGAACUCCUCUUGCAGUAUCUUUUACAGAGGCAGCAAUGGGUUUGACAUGGGGGAGUCCAGGAUAGGCGGUAUCUAUCAGGUAUCAGGAAAGUUUUCACCUUGAAAUAAGGCACAAAUGCACACCAAGGCCAUGUCCUUUAAUCAAAAAGGAAUUAUUAGGGAGUGUUUCAGUAAGAGGCCUGUUCCUGUGAGCCUUGCCCACGAGGACUGUAAAAACCAGGUUUGAAACACUACUAUUUAGUUUUAGGAAGCCUGAUUUUAAAUACUGAUGCUGUCAUCUCUGCUUUGAUAUUUGGAUUAACAUACUAACAUGGCCAAGGAAGGAAUUCUGCUUGGGAUGCUACAGAGCAACAGGUUAUAUUAGAGAUUAGUGUUGACUACCUUCUUGGACAGAAAGCAUGACUACCUGAAAAAUACAUGUUACUGAAAAAUACUUAGGUGUGCUUCAGUCCAGGGAGAGCAUGAUGGUGAUCUCACUCAGCAGUGAAAAUCAGUAGACCUUCUAAAAUAUAUCUGUUUUAACCUAGAAGGUACUAAGGUAAUAACUGUGAUUUGGAGCUCUCUAUAUACAUGAUGAAUUAAUCACUGUCAGAUGACCGCUCUCUAUGGAUUCUUCCAGCAUACAACAGUAAUCAAGUAAAAUCUGAUGGGAAAAAAGAGAGGAAAAAAAUGUGAAUGGAAAAUCACAAAUUUAAAGAAGACAUACUGAACAGCACUUCAAAAUCAAGAAUGAGGAUAACUUUGACUUGUUCAUUCAGGCAGUGAAGGCAGCAAGUAGAAGUUAACACAAGUAAAUGGCAAGGAAGUGGAGAAGGAGGAACUGGAGAACAUCUGAUGAAAAAUACAGACUGUAAAUUGGGGAAGAUUAUUUAGAGAAAGUAAAGAUGUCAGGGGAAAUCUAAAUUUAGCAGGACCAAGCGCAAUUCAAAGGAAGCAUUUUAUGUGUCUUAGGAACAAAAUAAUAUAUAUAUAGCAAUUGUCAUUAUGGAGGUGGACAGGGUUAGAUUUUAAUGGUGAUGCAGGAAAAAUCCUGGAAAAGUGUUAGUUAAAUACUUUUUCAAAUUUGAGGGGAGAGAAAUGAAUUCUGAUAUGAAGGAAUAUUUCAUGGACAUACGAUAACUAACUAGCUUGUUUUGUAGAUUAGCAUUUUGGGGGGCAAUAAAGUUUUAAAACAAUUUGAAAUUAAAUAUGCCAAAUACUUACUGAGAAGAUCUAUACUCAAUGAUUUUCAUUUUCAGCAAACUGGAACACUAGGGAUAUCUCAGGCAAUGGGAAGAAUAGUAUUGUUGAUGCAAUAUCCCAGCAGCAUGAUGGUGGGUAACCUGGAGAACUAUUUCCAGUUUAGGUUGACAUCAGUUUUAUCUAAAUUACUGGAUAGAUCACCUCAAUAAUCAGGUUUUAAUAGCUACUAUUCUUUUGAUUUUGUAGAGCACAAAACUUGUCAAAGUAGCGUUCAGAAUAAUGUUGUAGAAAUCGGUAACUCUGUCAAAAGGGAUAACAGAAUGAAUGCAUUGAAAAGGAAAUUACUCAUUGCAGAUGGAAGCAAACAUAUGAGUUCAUGUAGUUCCCUCAAGUGAGCAUAUUAAUCUGCAUCCUGAAAAAGAGAGUCCCACCUUCAAGAGUUGGCAGCAAGAACUUCAAGGAUUGUAUUUCUUUUGGGUUUGGAACUUGGUUAGAGAAUCCAUUUAUAAGAAGGGGUGAUGGGAAGUAUUUCAAGUACUGGCAGAUCUUUUUAAUUUGUCUUUGCUUUCUUAAAGGCUCUUUUGCUUACACAGUAAGUCAGCUGAUCGAACAAAAUAGAUGUCACACAAGCCUGGUGUGAUUCUCAUUUGGGAAAACAGGCUGCAUUUUGUCUAAUGCAUGUUUUCAUUUACUGAAGUUCUAGGAAAAAUUAUGUAUUCUUAAAAGCUUAGUGACUUUUGAAUAAAUCUUGACUCUAAGUUAAGGGACUGUAAAACCUGACUUCCUUGAUAGUUAGGAACUAGUGUACAAAAGGGGAACUGGAAGAACUAACUUCCCUGGUUGCUAUUUUAUAGCCAUGAGCUGAUUGUAAGUGUAGGACUGGGAAGGCACUGGUCCUUUAUUUUCCAAAUAAUUAUUUGCACUUGUUCUAUUUUUCAGAGAUAACAAAUGUGGUUGAAAACAGCAAAUAUUAAUAUCUUCCAUGUUUAAACUUCUUCACAAUAGAUGAAUUUCUGAUGUUGUUGUGAUUAUAGAAGUCUCCCUUUGACUCUCUAGCAGAGAAUGAGCUAAUGGAUUAUUAAUAAUUAAGACCUGGAUAGCAAUAAACCUCAAAAAUAUUCAUCAAAGGAAAUAAUUACUAAACAGCUGUGUUUCCAGAGAUAUUCUGCAAGAGGCCCAAUGGCAUUAGACAUUUUCAAUAAUGAUCUAAAAAGUAUAAAAUCGUUUCUGAUUUACAGAUGGAGCUUGUCAGUGCUAGGAGGACCAGUACAAAUACCAAUUAAGUCAGAGGAAAAAGUCUAAAGAAGCCAAGAGUGGUUGGAAACAUAAAGAGCAAAUAAAAGGCUUCAAGCCAAGCUUGUAAAGUACAGCUAAUGUGACUUUGGGAGGAAAAUUGGCCAUUCAAACUCUGAAUAGAUUAGAAAGAUAAUGUUGUCCGGAAAAAAAUAUGCAUAGGGGUGUGUGUGUGUCUGUGUCUGUGUCUCCGUGUGUCUGUGUAUAUGUCUGGGACAGCCAUAACUCACAGUUUUAAUUUUUUGAUGUAUAUACUCAGCUACCUUACCAUGGACAGAGAAGGUUGUCCUCUAGUAAGCUUUACUGUGACCACUGCAGUAAGCUUUUUGUUUGCCUCGUGACUUCUAAUUACCAGAAGCAUAUAGAAAACCCUCAAGGAAUUUCUAGAGGAGAAAAAGUAAAUUUAAGAGGCUGGACACCUGAAAAGGGAAGGGUUAUAAAAGCUAUAAUAAUUUAUAAUCUUUUUGGCUUUUCUUACGUUGCAUAACUAGCUUAGUAUAGUGGAAAAGUAUCACUCUUGGUCACACUUCUUCUUUUCCUAAGACAUCUUUACACCUUUAGCACCUGUUGGUUUGGGAGCAACUAGGAAAUGAAAAUUUUGGGUUAAUACCCUCUGGGUAGGUAUUUUGUACCAUCUUACUAGCUCAGUGCUCACUAACAGUGUUCCACAGAGCUGGAUCUGGUUGGAAGUGUGUUGAUACAGAAGAUGAGUUCUGAGCUUGGAAAUUAUUUGUUCAAGGUAGUUAGGAUGUUUUUAAAGACAGAAGGGUUUGAGCUAAACGUUGGGAUGAAGUAGAUACGCUGAGAUGACUUUGGGGAGCCACCCCGUAAGGGAUUAGUAUUGCUUGAGACUGAUCAAACUUAAAUUGUAAAAUUUGAGAUCAUGUUCAAAAGAGAAGCACCACUGUUGGUUUUCUGAAAGCUGGGAUAGAUGGGGACCACUUCUAAAAUUCUAUUUUCUUAUUGUUUUGUUAUCUAGAUGUGAGAACUGGCUUUAUCUUUCAACUCAGUGGAAACUUCCCUUCCCUGAGCAGAGCUGAAGGUUUAUGGCAGGCACUUCCAUCACUGUCUCCUAGUCACAGAGCUGUUGCCAGUACGCUUUCAUGGAGAGCAGCAGAGUCUAAGGGUGUACUUCUACAGCUGGCGUAAUCUGACAUAAAUCUGUGCUGCUGAAAGAGAAGAGAAAAGGCGCCUGUCCUUGUCCCCUAGCCUUGUUCUUUUUAAUCUGCAAUAACUUUCAGCUUGUCUAACUUGAAAGCCACCACCAGCCCAAGUGAGAGAACAGAAGGAGGUCACAGGUACCAAACCAAAGAUGUCCUCGACAAGAAAGAUUCUACUCAUCCUGGGAUUCCUCUCUACUUUGGCUGUAAUUGCUUUAAUUGCUGUAGCAGUGACCCAAAACAAGCCACUUCCGAAGAAUAUUAAGUAUGGGAUUGUGCUGGAUGCAGGAUCGUCCCACACUAACCUCUAUGUGUACGAGUGGCCAGCAGAGAAGGAGAACGACACUGGGGUGGUGAAGCAGGUGGAGGUGUGUAAAGUUGAAGGCCCUGGGAUCUCAGGUUACUCCCAUGCCACAGAGAAUGCAGGUCCCUCUCUGGCACAGUGCCUACAAAAAGCAAAAGAGGUGAUUCCCUCAAUGCAGCACAAAGAGACACCUGUCUACCUCGGAGCAACUGCUGGCAUGCGGCUUCUCAGGUUGGAGAAUGAAAGUGCAGCUGACGAAGUCUUAUCCUCAGUAGCGAAGACACUACGCUUAGCUCCCUUCAACUUCCAGGGUGCCAGAAUCAUCACUGGUCAGGAAGAAGGGGCCUAUGGAUGGAUCACCAUUAAUUACCUUCUGGGCAGUUUCAAGCAGUCUGGCUGGAAAAAGCUUCUGCAUUCCCUGAAAUCCACAAGUGAGACAUCAGGAGCGCUAGACCUUGGAGGAGCCUCAACACAGAUUACCUUUGUAUCAAAGGAAAUCUCUUCUGAGUCUCCAGAGAACCAGCUCUACUUCCGUCUCUAUGGCAAGGAUUAUCAAGUGUACACACACAGCUUUCUCUGCUAUGGGAAGGACCAGGCUCUGCAACAGAAACUGGCCAGGGACUUUCAGACCGUGGAGAGCAGCAGUCUCCUUGACCCAUGCUUUCACCGGGGUUAUCAGAGGACUAUAAAUAUAAGUGACUUCUUCAAAAAUCCUUGUACAUCAGACAAGAAAAAGCAAUUACCUUUCAGCCAGCUAUACAUAGAGGGAGAGGGGGAUUAUCAAAAGUGCCGAGAAAACAUCCAGAAACUCUUCGACAAAACCAGCUGUCCUUACUCCAGUUGCUCCUUCAAUGGGAUAUACCUACCUCCAUUACAAGGGGAUUUUGGGGCUUUUUCUGCUUUCUAUUUUGUGAUGAACUUUUUGAACCUCACCAGUGAAUCAAGCCCUGUUCCCCUGAACAAAGUGACCAGAACCAUUGAGAGUUUCUGUGCUCGACCUUGGCAAGAGGUGAAGACAAUGUAUCAUGACAUCAAAGAAAAGUACCUGAGUGAAUAUUGCUUCUCUGGAGCCUACAUCCUCUCUCUCCUGGAAAAUGGCUAUGAAUUCACUGACGAUAACUGGCAAAGGAUCCACUUCCUUGGACAGAUCGGUAGCAGUGAUGCAGGUUGGACCCUGGGCUACAUGCUGAACCUGACCAACAUGAUCCCUGCAGAGGAGCCAGCUGUGCCCCCUCUUUCCCACGGCAGCUACGUGGGGCUGAUGGUGCUGUGCUCCCUUGUGCUGGUGUCUGUGCUCCUGUUUGCCUGGCUUCUCUUUCACAAGCCCAAGUGCCUGCAGAAGGGGGUUGUUUAGGAAGAACCCGGACGGGAGAGGGGCCAUGUCACCCUGGCUGCUCAGGGCUAGGAGACCCCAGCAGAGCAGGCUGUACUGCAGAGUUCCUCUCACUGAAGCUACUGACUGUACAACAAGGGCAUUUAUUUCUUCUGACUCACACUUGCACUGAGAGAUGUUGGGACAUCAGGCUCGCCGCCUUUCUCUGCCAAGGACAGACAAGCUGGUGUCCCCUCCUUGAAUGGGUUGUACUUUCAUUCAAUGAAACUUUGCUGCUUGUUGGUUUCUGCCUUGUGCACAGCAUUAUAAAGAGAAAAGUGGCAGCAAUCUUUGGGAGCCAGUGCUCCUGCAAGGGUAAUCUCAGGGUCACACAUCCCACUGAGCUCUUGGGAGCUGUCACACACAGGGUGAUCCUGCUCCUUCUCUGCUGAAGUUGUUCCCAAGAGCCCUUUCCACACCAGCACACCUCUGCUCACCUCCCCGCACCCUGAGCUCUCGCAGCCCUACAGCUGGGUACAGCACUUGCACCUGGCUGGCCCCUGAAGGUGGGUCAGGCGCCCAAAUGCCACUCUGGGAAAAGAAGGGAUGAGGAUGAAGAAACUGAGUGUGCUGGUGGUCAUCAGCCCUUAGCCGGGCUCUGGUGGCUGUCAGUUCCUUUUGCAGGUGGCAAGAAGCCUUUUUCCCACAUCUUCCUGAUGUUGUUGCUGGACCAAAGCUGGCUCACUGUCACACUGAGCCAUUCCCAUGCCCCUAGGGUACAUCAAGACACAAGUUCCCAGCCAGGCAUUGCUGUUUUUCGCAGGAACAGCUUGUACUGGCCAAGGGUCCUUGACCAGUAGUGAGUGCUUAUGCCUACAGGGACUCAGCGUGCCUACUGGUAUAGACCCACUGAAGCAAUCCAGGGUCACUAUGCUGAUAAUACAGCAGCCUUCAAUCUAGGGAAAAUGUUUAUUAAGUAAUAUUCCUAUAGACAGCUGGCAGCAGUUAACCAGCAUUGGUUAACUUUGCUUUCCACCAGCAAAAUUAGUGAAAAUUUGCCUUUCCUUCCCUGAUGGCAUAGGCUUAUCCUACGGCCAUAAGACCCAGGGCUUGUGAGUGCACAUACUGAGGCCCAUCUUCUAGCACACAACUAGGAUGAUGCCAUUGAUUGGGUUUACAAAUCACUUCCUUCCAUUUUUCCACUCCUUGGUCCAAAAAAAAAAAAAAAAAAAGAGGUAAGUCAGAAAUCCAUCUUUGUAAAAACACUCAGAAACCACUGGUGCCUGUCUACCUCCCACAAAAUCUUGGAUAUCUCUUCUCCUAAUGGCCUGUAAGUGCUGGAGGUCAAAAGAAAGCAGAUAUUAUAGAGAAAAAGGCAUAGUAAACACAUAACUUCACAUGUUUCCCCAAGCAAAGGUGCAGGCAGUGAGGAGGGCGUCAGGAUGUGCAAACCCAAUAACACCUUCUCCUUUAGGCAAGCACAGACACAGAACUUGGAGUUUUCAUGCUCUCCCAGACCGUUCUUUUGCACAGUCCAGGCAUGAAAAUGUCCCCCAGUUAUUUCUGCUUCAUGCCUGGAAGUAGAAGCCCUAACAUAUUGAAGGACGUAAAGGUAAGGGAAAAAUCUACCCUCUCCCAUGUUAAGAUUUUUGGGCAGAUCAUUGUUCUUCCAAAACUUUGUGUCUUAUUUUUGCUCUGAAGUAGCUGGCUUCAGCUUCUGUUGGACCUUGUUCUGCCCAUUUCCAAAGGACUGAGUAACUCUGCUAUUAAAAAAUCCCUUUUUCCUUGUUGGUGCUUGCAAGUUGUCAUUAUAUCAUAUUAAACAGGUUGAUCUUCAAUCUGUAAAGUGCUCUGUGCUGACCUCACUUGUAGCUCUUGACUCCACUUCUUUUAAAAGUUUUACAUCUUUCUGAAAUUGGGACACCAAAGUUUUUAUCAGUGAGUGACAGUAGAGUCAUUAACAGCGUGUAUAAAGUAAUAUCCUCUGGUUUUGGUCUAUACUCAAUGUUUCCCAUUUAUCUAUUUCAGGGCCAGGUCUGCUCACUUAACAGAAAGCUUUGAGGCUGUUUUGUCCAGUUGGACUAUUGCAACUCUUCUUUUUUUCUCAGUAAUUGCAUUCCAGAACAGCUGCUGCUCCACAUUGUACAUCACUGUCUCUCAAUAUGAGCUAUUUUGCCGUCCAUGUAGCUCCAGUGAAACACACACUGUUCAAAGAAUAUUCCCCCAAGCAGGUUAUCCAGUUCAAUCCACAAAUGACACUUUACCACACUGUUAGUCCAUUCAUCAUUUUUUGUUUGAUCUGCAAAUAGAUUGAGAUGUUGGAAUUCAGCUAGAGAUGCAGUCUUCCUUAAGUUUUCUCAGCAGAGGUAGGUAAAUGAGAGACUAACGGUAGUUUUUGGUCAUGGCUGGAAGGCAUUCUAGAGAAAAGUGUGAUUAGAGCUGCUUCUGCUGCCCAGACAGCCCCAUUUGCAGCACACCCUGUCUUGUGCCACCUUCCUUGCAUACGGAGUCUUCAUAGCAAAGCAGAUGCCCCAGAGAAGCUCCCCACACGUGCUGGUGCAUCCUUUCUCCCCAUGAACAGCAUGGAAACCUGCAAAAUGGCAGUUCCUCUCCUGAGAUCCCUUUGGGGAUCUGGCAGCUGCUGAGUUGUGUCCAUGAAGAGAACUGGCAGAUUCAUUAGGACAUUUCAGAAAUUGAUGCAGAAACUCCAUGUGGAAGCUGGUGUGGAAAGCAAGCUUGUGCCAGUCUGCUUUUCUGGUCCCUGCUAAGGGUUUAUGCCAAAGGACAAAUACAGAACCCGUGAGAAGAGCUUUCAUAAAGUUUUGUAUCUUUAUUGCAAGUCCCAUAGUAUUAAUAUUGUUAGCUCCUGAUUCUAGACCAGGUGAGCAGCUGGUGUCUUCACUUACUCCCUCCCGUCUUAAUUAUCUUGCUUUUUGGUUUCAGUUUUGGGGUUUUUUUAAAGCUUUAAAUGUGACUUGAGUGUAACCUAAAGACCCCAAACUAAGAUAAAUACAAAAUAUGUUAAAUUUUUUUAAACCUUGUGAUUUUUAGACCUCUCCAGAUCUCUCCAGAAUUAGAAUUUUAAAGGUGACAGCAGACAUGCCAUUUGAAAAAUCACUUGAGCAGACUGAGGCUGCAGGAACUGGUUGACUGAAGGCAUCCUGUCAAGAAGGGACCCUUGCAUAUCACUGCCUGUAUGUGAACCUUCACAGAACAGUCUAUCACUUUUUUUUUUCUCCCUAUUUCUCCUGUUAUUGCAGGACUUUAUUCAUGGAGGCUACUCAAAAUCCUUGGUCAAAGAGUUCAAGUUUAAUGAAUAUUCAUUUCUUUGCUUCUGUGUUGUGUCUGACCCAGCUGUAUUCAGCUCAAAUGUAUGUUUCAGAGCCACACAAUGUGUACAGGAAGACCAUUAAUGAUAGUGGAGGGAGCGUCCAAAUAUGCCAGUAAUAAUGUAUCACUUCUCUUGUUAAUACAGUUGAUCUGCCUUGCUGAUAAUUAUCUGUGCCUUAUUUCUAAUUUGAUAGCUUCUGGCUUUAAUUUCUGGCCACUAGCUGCUGUACUGUUUUGCUUUUCUGGGGUAAAGCAUCUUUUAACACCACAUGUUCUUGUCUAGCAAAUAUUUAUUCACUAUUCAGCACUGCUGAGCUGCCAAGACUCCAGACCUUGAUCUCUCCUAGAAGAGAGAGCUCUCCUGAGCUCCUAGGAAGCCUUGAGAUGUGCUGCAGCAAGGUGAGAUGUCUCUGUUUUAGGUUCAAAUGUUGAUAGGUCCAUUUUUGGGAAGGUUCCUUGCAGGGGAUUUCAUAGUUUUGGAUAGUGCAGGAGCAGUCUGGUCUUGCUGGGACUGAUGACUUCUGUGACCUCUCCCAUAUUCACUCAAGUGUCGGGUGUGGGGCAAAGCCAACGGAACAUGUCAGAGGAGAGAGCCUGGCUGCCUGCAGCACACUCACCUCUUGCAGAAAACAACUGGCUCUCAUCACAGGCUCUACGUACCUUUCACUCUCCUCCCUGAUAAAGCUACCUCUCCUCUGUGCACGGGCUACAGCUAAUUUCUCUGGCCCUACAGCAAAGCACAGGGGAGCCUCCACUUGAAAGGAAGCUCUCAGAAGUGGGGCCAUCACCUCUGCAGUGGGAGGCUGAUUUGAAGUGUCUGGGCUGACCAGGGCUCUCCAGCUUCUCCAAGAGCAGCUCUGAGCCGGAUGUGUACCCCUUCCUUCUCCACCCCAAUUCUUCCCAUGCACUGUGCCAGGAAGGAUGUGUAGGGCUGCCAGCUUUGUCACAGGCUCUACAGACUGUUUAGGAGGGGCUGGGGGGACAUGCUGAGGACAACAGUUCCUGCCACCCAGGCCAUGUGUUUUCUUUCUGUCGCCCAGCCCUGAAGAAAUGGAUCUUUGUUUUGAUGCACACACAAGUCUCUGUAUGCUUAUCAUAAUAAAGACUUCUGAACUUAUGCCAGAA